AGCAUACUUUAAUUUCAGAUGGGGCCGAAGAAAGAGAUGAAGAAGUAUGAUGUAAAUGAGAAAGUGCUCUGUAAACAUGGUCAGUAUUACUAUGAAGCGAAAAUCACAGAGAUUGCUGAAGAAGAUGGAGAAACAGUGUACAUCGUUCACUAUCAGGGUUGGCACAAAAGAUACGAUGAAAGGAUAACAGCAAGUGAAACCGCGGAGAUGUUUCUUCCGUUUACCGAGGAAAAUGUGGCGAGAUGCAAGAAGGAAAUACAGGAAGCUUCCGCAUCAAAAAGUAAGAAAAGGAAGACAAAAGACGCAAACGAAGAUGAAGGCCGCAAAAGUGACGCUGGAAGUCGUGCUUCCACCCCAAACAGUGUUGCUCGCUCGGCCUCUGUGACAACUCCAUUGCGAGCGAAAAUUGCCAAAAAGCGAGCUGAAGCGGGAUCAGAUAGUCCUGCAGCUACAUCGACAACUACAACAAACGAAGCUGAAAAUGCAAUGCCUAUACGUGAGCGUGACCCAGCUCUGCUACAGGAAUUAGAUAAAUUGAACGACAUGCCUGCGUGCCUUCUCCAAAUACUCGUCGAUGAUAGCGAUAUUAUGACCCGUCAGCGCAUGGUCUCCCGUUUGCCUGCACGUCAUACCGUUGAUUCGAUCAUAGAUGAUUAUUGCGCCGAGAUUGGCUUCUCACCAAAGGAAGGCGAGGAUAGUUCCAUUGCGGAUUCACCUGCUGGGUUAGGAAGUAGUGCUGUGGGGUUGCGUGACUUUUUCAAUGGAGUUUUGGGUUUUCAACUCCUGUAUAAGUUUGAACGACCCCAAUAUGCAGCUGAACUUGAAAAGGCAGUUGGCUCCAGUGACGCUGUGUCAAGGAAAAGAAAAUCUAACGCAACACAAGAAGAGAACAGCAGCGCUUUGGUCCCGUCAAAGCUUUACGGGCUUCCUCAUCUGCUUCGGUUGAUAGUUCGACUAGCCAGCCUUUUGCGUGAUGUCCCUUGGAACGAUAACGUUUUCCGGUCACGUUCUCCCGUAGUCGGUAAGAAUUUACCAGGGAAAGCGAAGACGCUAUCUGUGAGAGAUAUAAUCAAAAGUACUACAGUAUCGAAAAGGAUUAUGAGAAUACAACGCCGGAAUAUCAAAAAACCGCUUGGGCAUCUACAUCGUGAGCAGCUAUCUUUACCAUCAUAAUUGGUCUCACUUGUCUACAAAGCCAGUAUCGUGAAGAAGUACUGUCAUAAUCAUGUCCAAAUUUGUAAUUAUUUAUGCGCUGAUAAUAUGACCUGUUCUUACGAUAUUUGGUAAAGAUAUACGCGUGUGAGGAUAUUGGUUCUGUUUGUUUGAUUGCUUGCUAGAUUGCAUCUUAUUGUUAUAUACUAUUGAUACAUUUCCAGCACUACUUACUCGAAGUGUCUAUUACAGCGUUUUACAAGUCGUUUUGUAAAGAGUAAGAAGUGUUAGUUUGCCCUAUCAUAUUCUCAUUAAAAUACUAGUUUUUUGUGUAAUUGGGCUGUAUGAUGUUUUAAUUUCCGAUUUUUCAGUCGUGUAUAGUUUCGUAUGUGGAAAUGUUAG